CAGUAGCUGUAGGAGGGGGCGGGACGCUGCGUUGGGCGUUUCUCAUAGUUUUUCCUUUACGCGCGGCUUGGGCGGACAUCUCGUGAGACGUGGGACUUCUCGCGGGAACUGCAUUCAAAAAGCCCUGGCGCUUACCCGAGAACUAGCUGAGUGAAUGGGCUGGCGACUCUAGAGUUAGCGUCCUGAAUGAAUGUGGACGCCCUGAGCUCCCAUUAGGAGCCGCUGGCUGCGGCAGCAGGGGACAGGCGUGAGAGGUGGGUAAAAAAAGGAAAAGAACAUGGAGGCAGAUAUAGUCAUAAAUCUUCGAUGCAAGCUCAAAGAGGCUGAAGAAGAGCGACUAAAAGCUGCACAGUAUGGUUUACAACUUGUGGAGAGUCAAAAUGAAUUACAGAAUCAAUUGGAUAAAUGUCGUAAUGAAAUGAUGACCAUGACUGAGAGUUACGAACAAGAAAAAUAUACCCUUCAAAGAGAAGUUGAACUCAAGAGUCGAAUGUUAGAAAGUUUGAGCUGUGAAUGUGAAGCUAUUAAGCAACAACAAAAAAUGCACCUGGAGAAAUUGGAAGAACAACUAAGUAGAAGCCAUGGACAGGAAGUGAAUGAACUAAAAACGAAGAUAGAAAAACUGAAAGUGGAAUUAGAUGAAGCUAGGCUUAGUGAAAAGCAGCUGAAGCACCAGGUAGAUCAUCAGAAGGAACUCCUCUCUUGUAAAUCAGAGGAACUACGUGUAAUGUCUGAACGUGUGCAGGAAAGCAUGUCUUCAGAGAUGCUGGCUCUUCAAAUUGAGCUGACAGAAAUGGAGAGUAUGAAGACCACCCUCAAAGAAGAAGUGAAUGAACUACAAUACAGACAAGAACAGCUAGAACUUCUUAUUACUAACCUAAUGCGCCAGGUAGACCGGCUUAAAGAGGAAAAAGAGGAGCGAGAGAAAGAAGCAGUUUCUUACUAUAAUGCCCUAGAGAAAGCUCGUGUAGCAAAUCAAGAUCUUCAGGUACAGUUGGACCAGGCACUCCAGCAAGCCUUGGACCCCAGUAGUAAAGGCAACUCUUUGUUUGCAGAGGUGGAAGAUCGAAGGGCAGCAAUGGAACGUCAGCUUAUCAGUAUGAAAGUCAAGUAUCAAUCACUAAAGAAGCAAAAUGUAUUUAACAGGGAACAGAUGCAGAGAAUGAAGUUACAAAUCGCCACGUUGCUACAGAUGAAAGGGUCUCAAACUGAAUUUGAGCAGCAGGAACGGUUGCUUGCCAUGUUGGAACAGAAGAAUGGUGAAAUAAAACAUCUUUUAGGUGAAAUUAGAAAUCUGGAGAAAUUUAAGAAUUUAUAUGAAAGUAUGGAAUCUAAGCCUUCAGUCGACUCUGGUGCUCUGGAAGAUAACACCUAUUAUACAGAUUUACUUCAGAUGAAGCUAGAUAACUUAAACAAAGAAGUUGAAAGCACUAAAGGUGAAUUGUCCAUACAGCGAAUGAAAGCAUUAUUUGAGAGCCAACGGGCUCUGGAUAUCGAGCGAAAACUUUUUGCAAAUGAAAGAUGCCUCCAGCUUUCAGAAAGCGAAAAUAUGAAACUGAGAGCUAAACUAGAUGAAUUAAAACUAAAAUAUGAACCUGAAGAGACAGUUGAAGUGCCUGUACUGAAGAAGAGGCGUGAGGUGCUGCCUGUGGAUAUUACCACCUCUAAAGAUACAUGUGUCAACAACAGUACUGUCGGGGGAGAAGUUUAUCGAUUACUGCCUCAGAAAGAAGAGACACAGUCCUGUCCUAACAGUUUAGAAGAUAACAACUUGCAAUUAGAAAAAUCAGUUUCUAUACACACACCAAUAGUCAGUCUCUCUCCUCACAAAAAUCUGCCCGUGGAUAUGCAGCUGAAGAAGGAAAAGAAAUGUGUGAAACUCAUAGGAGUUCCAGCUGACGCUGAGGCCUUAAGUGAAAGAAGUGGAAACACCCUUAACUCUCCCAGGUCAGUGUCCUCUUUUCCUCAAGGCAGCCAGCAGACCUCGCCAUCUCUCCUCUCUCGCUGCAUGAACUGUGCUGUCUGUUUCUUUAUCUACUUUCUUACUGUUGCAUGCAGUAUAAUUCCUCAGUUUCAUCUACCUACCUUCAACUUUUCCAGAACUUUAAGAAAGACUAAACUGAUUGCAAAGGGAAAGGACUCCUGAAUAAGGGAAUCACAUUAAAAAGUUAAUAUGUUUCUGUUUCAUGAAAGGAAAUAUCACAGUCUAACACAUCUCUGAAUGCUUUAUCAGUUUGAAUAAAUGUUCUGUUAUUUUUCUCCUGGUUCAAGCAUGGCCAUGAAAGAAAAAUCAACUUACUUUCUCAAAGGGCUUUCUAGUAGUCUUAAGAAAUUUCAGCCUUCUGGAAAACUUAGGUGAAUUUUUUAUGUCUUUUGAAGUUGCUUAUCCUAGCUUUCAAAAAUGGGCUUUAAUACUUAUUUUGACAUUUUUACAUAUCAAAGCUUUUCAUUGUUUCCAAAACUUGAAAGCCUCUAGUUUCUGCAUAAUUGAGUUUUUGACUAAAAGAAAUAGUGUCAGAUAUGUGUGUCUGAAGGAAUUAAUGUCCCAAGGCCUUUGUCCUUUAAAAAUAAUCAAGUUAAGAAGGUAAGAGAAAGUGAAUGGAAGGGAAAGGUAAGUAGGAGUGGCUGAGGCUUGAGUUCUGGAUGUGCACAGCAGAAGAAGCGAAUGAGGAAAUUGGAGAAAGUGAAAGAUGGAGGAUGCAUGCAAUGGAAUUGUUAGAGGCAUUUAAAACAAAUAUCUAGACAUUCAAAAAGAUGUGCCAAUAGCUAGCCUGGAUUAUCUCAUAUGAAAUGUGAUCUUGAAGGUGCUACUAGGGCUACAGUAGUCUUAGAGAGUAGAGACAGAUUAAUAAGACAUUUUACUAAUGUGCAUUUGAGUAAAGAGAGUAAGACACAGCCCAAUGUAAAAGGGCUUCCUUAUAUGUUUUAUCUGAUUGAUCUCCAAGUCUUCAGUGCUACUAAAUGUAAUACUCAACAAUAAAAGCACUUUAACAAUGUUAGCUGCUAUUAUUAUAAGGAAUAGUAAUUUAUUACUCCCUCCUUGGAGUUUUAUAUAAUGUUAUAACCUCUGAGUCACAUAAAAUAAAAGCUUACUAUUCUUAAGGAAAAAGUAACUUCAAAUGAGUAUCUGCCACAUACACAUGGUUUCAAAGAGUUCUGAAAUGAAUCCAGCAGAUUAUGCCUGUGUAUAUGUAUGUGAUGCAUUGUAUAAACAUCCUUGACCACUGUAUAUUUCUGGAGGUGAAUUUCCAGAAUUGAUAAGUGCCAGCCUUGCUAUCUGUAUUGUCUUCAUUCCUUUUUCUGCCUUUUUUUGCUUGAUAAAAAUCACUUAAGCAAAUGUAUGUGGCUAAUUGACUCAAGUAGCACGUUGGAAACUUUUUGUCUUGUUAGUUAAACAAAAAAUAAAAUACCACAA